AUGGAAAACAACUUGAAGGAAGAACUGAAUAGAAGAAUGAGAGCAGCAUGGGCAGCAUUCGCAGCCGUCAGGGAAGCUACGGACCAACUGACGGACCAAGAUCUUCGUACCCAUCUGUUCCACUUGACAGUCCUUCCAGCGCUCUGUUACGCAGCGGAGAUGUGGGCAGACACGGCGGCCACGUCUAGGAAGUUAUUUACUACCCACAGAGCCCUUGAGAGAUGUUUCCUGAAGUUUAACGGGCGCACACAACACCUUGCCGGUUUUCGUAGCUCCGACUUAAGAGGAAUGUCCCGUCUUCGCGACCCAGCGGAAUAUGUAUCGAAGGCAAAACAGAUGGGCCGGUCACAUCAUGACAAGAAUCGACGACAGAUGGACUAA